CGAAUACUUUUUCAUCGGUACGUAGGUGACUUGGACCACGGCUCAUUCGAUAUUCACUUUUCGAUCGUUGUAUCAGUUGAGUGCUUUACCAGUCAAGACAGAACACAAAACACAAAAUCACACAAAAUGGCCGAUUUACCAAGAGCUGAUGUUGAAAAAGCCGAAUUCGCUUUCUCCAUCUAUGAUGCAGAUGGCACAAAAAAGAUCGAUGCCCAUGAUCUUGGCGAUGUUUUGCGAGCACUCAAUUGCAACCCAACAUUGGCUAUGAUCGAAAAGUUGGGCGGCACCAAAAAGCGUGGUGAAAAACUCUUGACACUCGAUGAAUUCUUGCCAAUCUUCGCUCAAGUGAAAAAAGACAAAGAACAAGGUUGCUACGAAGAUUUCAUUGAAUGUCUUAAAUUGUACGACAAAAAUGAAAAUGGUAUGAUGUUGCUCGCUGAAUUGAACCACGCUUUGCUUGCUCUUGGUGAACCCCUCGAAAAUGAACAAGUUGAGACUUUAUUCAAGGAUUGCAUGGGUGAAGAAAAUGACGAUGGUGAAAUCAAAUAUGGCCCAUUUUUGGCUGCGAUGUGCGAGGUUAAUGUUCAAGAAGACUAAACCAGCUUCAUCUUGAUUCAUUUCAUUUUAUUUAUUUAUUUUAUUUUCUUUUUAUAACUUCUUUAAAAAUAAACUGAAUAAAGCGGCAUUCACUUAUGUAAAAAAAAAAUUGAA